UUUUAAGACCACUUGGAUACUUAUGGGUACCAGCACCAAGAAAACCUGAACGUUUACUUGAGUUUGAUCCUUUUGAUGAAUGUAAAUCUCAUUUUUGGACUCACAGAAAUGAAACUGGACAAGAAGUAGUAACAGUUAAAUGCAAUCGUCUAAAAGAUGUUUAUCCAUUUGUUGAACGAAACAAAGAAAAAGAAUGGACUGAAGUUUUAAAAAUUAAUAAUACUAUUAUUCAUACAGUUGUUUUUCCGUUAUAA